AGAGAAGAGAAGCUGCUGCUGCCUCGGACUUGUUCACUGGCUGUUUUAGGAAGAGAUGUCUUUCCAGAUCUUGUCACUGGAAAUAAAAAGUGCUGCUGAAAGUAAGGAUGAGGGAGGAGUGCAUGAAGCUGCCAUGACUGACAUUAAACCUGAUGAUGUUGGCCAGCUUCCAAAGAAAUCUGCUCUGCAGCCCCUUAUGCUGUCUCCAGACUUGUUAUCUGGGCAUGGUGAGUUUGGUUGCACCAUCUGUGGUGAAAGAUGCUUCUCUCUGGCCCAGCUGGCCAAGCAUGUGCAGUUCCACGAUCGUGACCGGCCAUUUCUGUGCGCCAUCUGUGGCAAGCGCUUUCUGAGCCGCAGCCACCACGCAGAACAUCAGCGUGUCCACACCGGCGAGAGGCCGUUCCCCUGCAACCGCUGUGAGCGUGCCUUCACCACCCAUCACAAUCUGAAACGCCACCAGCUCAUCCACGACAAGGAGGAGAUGUACUGCUGCUCCGUGUGUGGGGUGCUCUUC